AUGAGUGCCGCCGGAGAUCCAGUAUCCGUCUCCGGAAAGUCCGAGACGGACGCGGCUGUCGCGCCCGUCUCGGACAUGACGCGUCAGCUGCCACCUGAGGCCACCGGCAGCCGACUACCGGCGCAUCUCGUGCGCGAAGGCCCCCUCCGCGGCCAUGGCGCUGCGCUAUACGGCUCGUCACCGAAACACGUGCCGCUGCAGACGCCUUCGUCUCCAAGAGGCAAUGACACUCCACAGGCGCCGCCCGCAGCAAACGGAUACGGCCCUGUGUCUGCCCGUCAAGGGGAGGAGUUGGAGGUGGAGAGUGUCGUGUUAGUAGAAGCGCAGCAGUGCGGUGCGCGUCUCACGGAUGCCAACGCGAACGCCACGCUGCUGAGCUGCGUUGACCUCGGCUUCAUGGAUGCGGAACGUGUCGUAGAUGAGGAGAUGGACGUGGCGAGCCGGAGCAAGCUGGACGAGGCGAGCGGCGGCGGUAUCAAGGACAAUGCCCUCUUCGAGGGGAGCGGCAGGCAUGAUGCCUGUGUUGUGGCAAACGUGCUGGCACCACCGUCAAAGAUCGAUGCCGCCGGAGGAAAUGUGCUGGAGGUCGACCGCGGCGCCGCUGAAGACGAUCACGGUUUCGAAUCUCGCUCAGAGCAGCCGCUGGCCUCGUGUUGUGUGGACACGCGUCGUUACCCCGACAGUUGGCGAUAUACACGGCCGCGGCGCUAUGCCUUUGAGCGACCGCUGCACUCCUACCAGAUUGUCGGCCAGAUGUACUGUCUGGUGGUCAUCAUAUUGUUUUGGUCUAGCGUGUUUGCGGCCUACGUACUGCUCUACACCCAGGACAAGCAGGACUGCCUGGCUGAGCUCGUGGUGUUCGCGACACUCGUUGGAGCGGGCGUUGUGUGCGUGUACGUCUUCUUUUUCUGGGUCUCCUUCAAGGACUGCACGGACUACAGCAACUCGGGUGAGCUGUGCAUCUUCUGCCGCCGUCGCACGCAUGUGGACUCCAAGCACUGCAAGGCGUGCAACAAGUGCGUGGAGGGAUUCGACCACCACUGCAAGUGGCUGAACAUGUGCGUCGGGAGGGCGAACUACAUCCCUUUUUUUUGCUUUGUGAGCGGAAGCGUGUUCACCAGCUUCACAACUCUUGGCAGCGUCAUCUGCUUGCUUGCGCGGUGGUGGCAUGUGCUGGCGGAGCACCACAGCGCCUACUUCCGCGCGGGUCCGGUUGUGCUGUGCUUCGUGCUCCUCGUCGGCAUCGUUCCCAUUGUGCACUUGUUCGGAUUUCACGUCUACUUGCAUUUUAUACUGAGGACGACAACGUAUCAGCACAUCGUAGGCAAGCGCGAGGAGACGUUCCAGAUCCCGGCCGAGGAGGCAGCCCCACAGAAGCCAAGCCGUUGUUGCUGCUCCUGCUGCUGCUGCUGCUAG